UUGCAAAAAACAUCUUCUAUGCUAGGAAGCGAUACAUAUUACAAAAUUAUUUCAAAAAAUCGAUUUUUUACUUGGUAUUAUCUUUCUAUAGAACUUAUAUUAAAGAUUGGCGAAAUGUGAAAAGUGGACAUCACCUUAAAAAGUUGUACAGAACUUUCAAAGGAUGUGGAGCGUCUUUGAAUGUACCUUCAUCGUUUUGCUGUCACUACAGUUCCUCAUCACUGUUCGCUGUGUGCCUAUCAAGAAAAAUAAACAACCUCACAGAGCUAAAGCGGAUAGUCCAACGAGGAAGAUCACAAAAUCCAAGAGCAAUUCCGAAAUUGGUGGGAAGAAAUCACAAUUACAUAAAAAAACAACGGUCAGUAUAAAUGGACAAUUCUUACCCAUGGCGCAGUUGCAAUCAUCCAACAAAAAUAUUCACGUCACAGUCCAGAAAGCUAAUCCAGAUCAGCAGCCUCAACCGAACAUUAAGGAGGUUCAAUUUGGGGGACAAAAUGGUGGCCAAAUAAACGGGGCCCAACCACAACAAAUCGCUCUGCAAGGAUUGAAUAAUGGUGGGACACAGAACACGAAUGGCAUAGGUUUGUCACCCGGGAUUAAUACCAAUACCGGAAACUUGGUGGGAAUGUCACCGGGGAUGAACACCAACAACGGAGGUCCCGUAGGUUUAUCACCGGGGAUAAGCACCAACGCUGGUAAUUUGGUCGGAAUGUCACCAGGGCUGAACACCAACAACGGAAAUUCCGUAGGUUUAUCCCCGGGGAUAAGCACCAACGCUGGUAAUUUGGUCGGAAUGUCACCCGGGAUGAACCCCAACAACGGAAAUACCGUCGGUUUGUCCCCGGGAAUUAUUACUAACAACGGAAAUGUGGUGGGUUUAUCACCGGGGAUUAAUAACAACAAUGGGGUGCAUUCUGGAAUUCAAAAUCAAGGCGCACAGACGAAUUGUGGCUCAAAUACACAACUACAAGGAAAUCAAGGUCAAGUGAUCUUAGGUCAGAAUUCUGAAGGCGGGCUCACAUAUACACCUUUAACCUGCUAGUUGAAACUACCUUUGCUAAAACGGCAUCUGUUUCAAGAUGUGUCCACGCUGGUGCACCAACGAACUUUUCUGUGGCAAAAUUACUGGAUAAAAGACAAGCAGGCCAACCUUAAAGUUAGAGCAUGUCAUGGUACCACCUCAUCGGAUUGAAACGUUUUUGGCCAGUUCAAGUUUCGGAACAUUAACUUGAAGCCUCUUCAUCCUCCACAUGGGAACAAACGUUGAUUUUUUGUUCCAAGGCGUCUCUUCACUGGGUGUUGUUGUGCACAAAAGAACAGACUUUGAAUUAAGAAAAGUUGCACAAUUAUCUUUUUCUGGUAAACGGACACUGUGUUUCAAGAUACAACCUACUUUGAUACCUUCAUCCUGCACAAUAUCAAAUCAUAUUUCUACAACUAAAAGUACAGUAAGCCACAAUUGAGAUAACCAUAAAACUGAGCGACAGUGAUGCAAUAAAAUAAAUAUAAUAUUUA